UUAAAAAUGGAAAACGACCUUAGAAUUUCUUCAUAUGUCGAAAACGGAACUUUAAAUACACUUAAAUUUAACAAAAAUAAUUCAAACGGCUCAAAUAAAUCGCCUUCUGAUAAAUUACUGGGAGAUAGACGGCAUGUUUUUUACCACAAAAGGACUGCAAAGGUGGUUGAUGCUGCUAAACGAAAGGCGAGAUCUGAACUUAAAAAGAAUGAAUGGUACUGCGAAGGUUAUUCUCUAAAUUCUGAUCAAUUUCUUUCUCAAAUGGCUAUGGGACCCGAUACUAUAGAACGUGUGGAUGCCUCCAAAAUGACUUGUCAAGAAUUUGCUGAACGCUAUGAAAAGUUGAAUAAACCUGUGAUUUUGUUGGGUUUGAUGGAUGAAUGGAAGGCUAAUGAGCGGUGGACUUUGCAGACCCUUCACCGAGCUUAUCGAAACCAAAAAUUUAAAUGUGGAGAAGACGACGAUGGCUACUCUGUAAAAUUAAAAAUGAAAUAUUAUUUACAUUAUAUGACUGCAAAUUGUGAUGAUUCGCCUCUUUAUAUUUUUGAUUCGGGUUUUGGAGAGCGUCAAAAAACUUCAAAAAUUUUGGAUGAUUACGAAGUUCCAGAUUUUUUCAAGGACGACUUGUUUCGUUAUGCUGCUGAAAAGAGAAGACCUCCCUAUAGGUGGUUUGUCAUGGGUCCAACCAGAUCAGGCACAGCCAUUCACAUUGACCCAAUUGGAACAUCAGCUUGGAAUGCUCUAAUUUCUGGUCAUAAAAAAUGGUGCCUAAUUCACCCUUCUACACCCAAACAAUUAAUUAAACCAAAAACUGAGGAAACUAAAAAUCUUGUACAUCCAGAUGAAGCAAUUACUUGGUUUGGAACUGUUUUCCCUCGAGUUUUUAGUCCUCAAUGGAAUAAUGAACGUUUUCCUGUUAUUCAUGCAAUUCAGAGGCCGGGAGAGUUAAUGUUCGUUCCUUCCGGUUGGUGGCAUGUUGUAAUGAAUUUGGAGACGACUAUUGCUGUUACACAAAAUUUUUGUUCUGUGGUUAAUUUACCUAAUGUUUGGCCUAAAUUAAUUAAACAACGUCCUCAACUUGCACUACAUUGGUUAAAAGUAGUAAAUAAAUCUAGACCUGAACUAAUUGAAAAAAUUGAUGAGAUUAAUAAAUUAAAUGGAAUUGCUUCAUUGGAUAUUAGCGAGCCAUGUGAUUCAUCAAGUUCAUCCUCUUCUUCUUAUGAUUCCUCUUCGGAUUCUGAUGAUGGUGAUGGAAAAUCAAAAAUGGGGGCGACAACAAAUAUUGAGAAGCUAAAUAAUGACAAAAAUGGACAAAAUUUAGAAAAGCAAAAUAAAGAAGAAUAUUAUCGAGGGACUAAAAGGUGUGUGGUAAAGAAAUAUUAA